AUGUCGUCAAAAUGUAUAUUGAAGGCUUUCAUCUUCCUUUCUUUAGCACCAAUAGUCAUUUCCAGUGAAAACCAGAGCUAUUUUGCUUCAAUUUUAUACAAGACUUUGUUUAAAAGUAACUACAUAUCAACUUUUUACCCUUACUGCGGUAAAAACGCUGUCAAUGUAACUAUUGAUUUAGGACUUCGAGAAAUUGUGGAUUUAUCAGAAAAAUACGAGACCAUUAAACUGAAGAUUUGGAUCAGACUUACCUGGAAGGACUGCAACUUCGUGUGGAAUGCCUCUAAAUUUGGUGGAAUUUCCCAGAUAGGAGUCCCAUAUGACAAAAUCUGGAUCCCAGAUGUGACUUUAUUUGAAGGUAUUGAUGAUAUUGCAAACAUGCCAGAUAUGAAGCAAUACAGAGCCUUGAUAACGAACACAGGAGAAUUUCAAUAUCAGUUUCCUACGACUGUACAAAUGACAUGCGGAAUGAAUAUUUCUCUGUUUCCAUACGAUCAUCAAAUGUGUACUAUGACAUUUGGUUCAUGGAUACAUUCAAACAAGUAUAUAGAAGUGUUUAGUAAAUCUGAUACUGGAGAUCUCACUUCCUUUGUCAAUCAUCAAGAGUGGGUAGUCGUUAGUCUUAAAGCAACUAAAAUAACAGAGUUAUACACAUGCUGUGAAGAACCUUUCUCCAGCAUUUCCUAUAAACUAGUGAUAAAACGCAAGGCCACCUUCUACAUAAUCACAAUGAUUUUGCCUUUCUUUGCGCUCACUGUAUUAUCCAUUGCUGGAUUCGUUUUGCCAUCCAUCUCUGGAGAAAAGAUAACAUUCCACAUGAAUAUCCUUUUGGCAGUCACUGUCUUUUUGCUCCUGAUUCAAGAUACACUUCCAUCAUCAUCUGAAUUUUUUCCUAAAAUUGGAAUUUACUUCCUCAUAACCCUACUGCUCACUUGCAUGUCUUGUGUGAUGUCGGCAAUCGUUGUGUAUCUUUUCUACCAUGAUCUCAGUGGCAAAAAGAUGCCAAAAUGGGUCAAAAGAGUUCUAGUUGAUGGACUAGGUCGACUGAUGUUCAUCACACCAGAAACCAUUGUACGCUUCAAAUCUCAACAAAAUGGUAAUAAAGAUUCUGCAGAUCAGGACCAAGUGGUUAGGAAAACCGUGAUCCCAGUAGACAAAGCCAAAAAGAAUAGGAAGAGUAUAAAACUAACAGCUCUAAGUGGAAUUCAGGACGCUGUCUAUGAUGGCUGGGAGGUUGAAGUAGGAGAGGUACAGCGACGAGACAAUCACAGAGUCAGCUUCAUGGAAACCGACAAGUCUGCCUUCUCUGAUGCCAGCAAGAAGAUGAAUGAGUGGGAAUUGCUGGCCUAUACAUUGGAUAGAUUCUUCACUGUUUUCUAUAUAACUGUGUUAUCUCUUAAUACGUUUGUUUUUCUUAUUGUGCUGAGUCAAAAUGAUGAACCCUGA